AUGAACAGCAUCGACGUGAAGUGUAAUAAGGCAAAGUGGGCUUACGACGAGUGCUUCAACGAGUGGUUUCGAAAAGAGUUCAUUGCUGACAAGCAGAAGAAAUUCCCAGAAGGUUACGUUCCGUGCGAGAAAUUGCUUGAAACUUAUCAGGCGUGUACUAAGGACGAGCUUGCCAAGUUUGGUGCUGAUCUGAGCGAAACGCGAGAAGCAGUGCUAGAAGCGCGAGCAGCGGACGUCAAAGAAGCAGAAGAGCGCCGCGCCAAGUUCUUUCAAAAGAAGGAAUAA